GAUAACGAAGGACGAAGGAGAGAUGGGAAAUGGGAAUCGAUGGACAAACCGCUUUAAGCCCUCCUCCACUCGCACCAGCUGUACAGCGCGUAGGAAAGGCAAUCCACCGCCGUCUCGCUCGUUGACUCGACUCGACUCCCCCAUCUUAACUCGCUCCGCUUGAACGUCGUUGUGAAAUCGUCUCUGCUCCCGUCCUGCUCUGCGAAGAUGGAGGCGUUCCCGAAGCUCGAUCCCCGCUCCUUCUUGCUGCUCUGCGCGUGCGCUCUCCCCGCGCUUGCCCUCUCCUUUCCCUUCUCUCCCCUCGACAAUUACCUCCUGAACUGCGGCUCCUCCGUCGACGCCGUCGUCGACAACCGCGCCUUCCUCGGCGACGCGCCCGGCUCCGGCGGCUCCCGGGUCCUGGCCUCGACCCGGACGAUCUCGCUCAACGACGCCAGCCCGGCCUUCGGCACGCCCCAAAUCUACCACACGGCGAGGGCCUUCGCCAGGCCUUCCAAGUACGUGUUCGAAGUCCGGGAGAGAGGGACGCACAUGGUACGCCUUCAUUUCCAUAGGUUCGAUUCCUCGAGGGUGGAGUUGGGGGACGUUCGAUUUCAUGUUUUGGUGGAUGGGUAUGUGGUGCUGAGUAAUUUUAGCGGCGAAAGCGCGUCUAGGCCCGUAAUUAAGGAGUAUCUGAUCUGGGUCGAUGCUGAAAAGCUUGUUCUUACGUUUGUGCCCGCUGGAAGGUCGAAAUUUGGAUUUGUCAAUGCGAUUGAAGUGAUUUCUGCGCCCAAAGAUUUGAUUUUGGAGACUGCCCAGCUUGUUGAUGGUGGCAAACUAGUGAAUUUCAAUGGAUUGAACCGGCAGGCGCUCGAAGUGUCAUAUAGGGUUAGUGUCGGGGGUCCGAAGGUUACUCCUUUUAAUGAUUCUCUGUGGAGGACUUGGGUUCCUGAUGAUGCUUAUCUGAAGUCGACUUAUGGAUCGGAAAGGGUACUCUUUGGUGGUAGGAUUAAGUACCAAGAAGGAGGUGCAAGCCGUGAAGUCGGUCCUGACAAUAUGUACAAUUCUGCCAGAGUGAUUAAAAGCACAAAUGCAGCAGUACCUAAUGUUAACAUGACGUGGGUUUUUCCAGUGACUGGAGAUUAUAAGUAUCUUGUGCGGCUGCAUUUCUGCGACAUUGCUAGUAUUUCUCUCGAGUUGUUAUACUUCAACGUGUACGUCAAUGGGUUCUUGGUGUCUAAAGAUUUCGAUCUCUCACGUGUUGCGAAUGAGGUUUUGGCAGCACCAUUUUAUGCGGAUUUCAUAGUCGAGGGAGAUAAUUCAGGGAUUCUGAGUGUGAGCAUUGGACCUUCAAAUUAUAGCUUUGCGCAUGCAAUUGAUGGUAUUCUUAAUGGCGUGGAGAUCAUGAAGUUGAAUAACUCAAUGGGUAGCCUUGAUGGAGAGGUGUGUGGUGGGUUUAUAUUGAAGAGCUGGCCAAGAGGAAACAUGGGUGUUGUGGUUCCUUUGGCCGCUGUAAUUUGUUUGCUGCUGAGUAUAUCUGUGGUUAUGCGUUGGAGGACAACUGGGGUAAGCCAAACUUUGGCAUGGACCAAAUUGCCAACAGACAUGACAGAAUUAAGCCUGAAGCAAGCCAGGCAACAGUUCAGAUAGAUCAUGACUUGUAACACGUACUUGGAAUUGGUCAGGUGGAUCAAAAUGUUGCUGCUAGUUAGUGAAAGUGUGCUGUUGACGCAUAGCAGCUUCUAUGGCUUAUAUUAUUUUGUGUUGUUGUUUGGGGCCUGGGAGAGGGUUUAUAAGCUUGGAGUGUAUUUGUUGUAAUUAUCCUGUAAGUUUUGUCAGUAGUAUUUCUUGCAAUGUGAAAAAAGAAAUAACAUGCCGUUUCCUGUUGGUAUUACAAUAUCGUCAUUAUUUUA